UUUUUUUUUAGCACUGUAUAACAACUAGUAAGUAUUUUCAUGUCCUCCCAUUUAUGGAAGCUCAGUUUAAUUCCAUCCCUCCUUGUUUUUUUUGUUAAUUCUUGUUUUGAAAAUAUAAUUGAAGAGAAUCAACAUUUUUUACACACUUGUGAUCGCCCCCCUCUCUCUAAACCUUGCUCUCGGUGAUCCAAUUAUUAGAGGUAAUUCUUUUAAAACAAAAUUUCUUUUUCUAUUGUCGUCUACUCUCUUUUCUUUGAAGGGAAAGAAGAUGAAAAGCUUCUUACUUGAAAAUCUAAACUCUGUGUGUGUGUGUUUUUUUUUUUUUUUGGUUUCGGUUUUUACAUGUUGAUUCUCUCUCUCUCUUCCCUCUUUCUUUGGGUUUAUAUUUGUGGACUUUCAACGGCCUCCUGUGAUUCCUUGCUACUUAAUUUCUAGAUUCUUCUCCUUAAUUUUCCAAUUCACCCAUCUUUUUCUUUAUUGACUUAUGUAUUUUCUUCAGAAAUCGUUGUUUUUUUUUUACCAUCUCCUUUCUGACAGGAGAAUUAGGUGAGGGACUAGUAAGAAGACUGCGGAAUUGCUUUCUUUUUUGGCAUUUUGUUUUUCUUUCUGUGAUGUCAUUUGUAUACUUUCAAUUAAUGGGCCCCUACGCUUGAGUCUAUCCAAUUCAUUCCUUUCCUCUCCAGGGUGAUAAUUAUCGCCCGUAUGCACGCGGUGUAUGCUUAACAUCUCAUAUCCAUCCCAUACUCGAUUUUUGAUGAUUGAUGUUGUAGAAUUACAACAUCCAAAGAUUCUACGUUUCGAAAGCCCAAAAUUUUGAAAAUCUGUUAUUUAGGCUAGGCAUCAAACAGUUCCAGAAUUCAAAAGUACAGUAAGAGAGAGAGAGAGAGAGAGAGUGUGUAUAGUUCGGAGGAAACAGACAGGUCAAAACUUGCAGGUUUUUGCUAUGUAGGUCUCUUGAGUGUCAUAUAAAUUAAAAUUUGAUUUUCGCUAUGGUAGGCCUUUAAGCGGUCUUGUGAUGCUUGUUAGUUCGCAUGCUCAGCUUCCAACAGAUUUUUGCGAGUUUUGCUGGAACGGAAAAUGCACUCUGGAAUGAUUUUGCAAAAAAUUAGACGAGUUCAGUGUCUAUUAAUGUCAAAUUCUAACUAAUUUGUUGAAAGUUGGGGGACCACCUGUAUAUAUUUUACUUACCCAAGCAAUACGUGGGCUGAGUUAGCACGGAUGGAAUCUCCCUUUCACUCAUUGAAAAGUAGUUUUAGUACCGAUUUCUAAGUAGUGUUUAUCCUGGCCCACCACCAGCACAGGCACAAUAAUUUUCAACAAUUCCUCCGUUCCCAUCUGGAAUCAAACUCAAGAUACCCAAGAUAUGGCUAAAUCCAUCUUUUAUCCAAAGAUACCACUAUUAUGACAAAGGGGUCAUCCUGCAUUGAAAAGUCUCCUCACCGCUUCAAUUUUUCCUUCCGUGCACUCUAUCGCACUUAGUUUUAGUUGCAGGUCCCGGCGAGCAGCGAGUCUAUUUGUACCUUUAGGCGCAUAGAUUUCUAGAAGAAAAGCCUUUUUGGCAUAUCUAAUCGACUGAAAUUAUGGGAGACGUUGUCGAAGAUAAGUAUACAAAAGAUGGUACGACUGAUAUCCGUGGAAACCCUGCUACCAGGAAGGACACCGGGAGAUGGAGGGCUUGCCCCUACAUUCUUGCAAAUGAAUGCUGUGAAAGAUUGGCCUAUUAUGGGAUGAGCACCAACCUGGUGAACUUCUUGAAGGAACAACUCAACCAAGGGAACAGCACUGCUGCAAACAAUGUCACCAACUGGUCCGGGACUUGCUAUAUAACUCCACUUCUUGGGGCUUUUCUAGCUGAUGCCUACUUUGGAAGAUUUUGGACCAUCGCCAGCUUCAUGAUAAUCUAUAUUUUUGGUUUGUCACUACUGACAAUGUCAGCUUCCAUCAAGGGGUUGAAACCCUCUUGCCACGACGAUGUUUGUAAUCCGACAGGUGCACAAAGCGCGGUGGUCUUUGUGGCGCUUUACCUAAUUGCAUUAGGGACCGGAGGAAUUAAGCCUUGUGUCUCUUCUUUCGGGGCUGACCAGUUUGACGAAUCAGAUGAACAGGAAAAGAAAAGCAAGAGCUCCUUCUUCAACUGGUUCUACUUUUCAAUUAACAUCGGUGCCUUAGUUGCUGCGUCUGUGUUGGUUUGGAUACAAACAAAUGUUGGUUGGGGUUGGGGUUUUGGGAUCCCUGCAGUGGUAAUGGCUGUUGCUGUUGUGUGUUUCUUCAUAGGAACUCCAUUAUAUAGACUUCAGAAACCAGGAGGAAGUCCACUUACACGAGUAGCUCAAGUUAUUGUGGCAUCGCUAAGGAAAUCAACAGUUAAGGUCCCUGAUGACAGGUCUCUGCUAUUUGAGAUUGCAGAUAAGGAGUCUGCUAUACAAGGAAGUCGGAAGCUCGAGCACACGGAUCAGUUCAAGUUCCUCGACAAGGCUUGUGUGGAGACCCAAGAGGAUAAGAACAAAGAUCUAGUAAACCCAUGGAGGCUUUGCACGGUCACGCAGGUUGAGGAGCUCAAGAGUGUCGUGCGCUUACUCCCCAUAUGGGCUAGUGGCAUCAUCUUCGCCACAGUCUACGGUCAGAUGAGUACUAUGUUCGUCCUCCAAGGCGACACCCUAGACACUCACAUGGGUCCACACUUCAAGAUCCCUCCUGCCUCCCUCUCCAUCUUCGACACCAUCAGCGUCAUCGUGUGGGUCCCGAUCUACGACCGCAUCAUUGUCCCUGUUGUGCGCAAAAUCACGGGCCGGGCUCGUGGGUUCACCCAACUGACCCGUAUGGGCAUCGGCCUCGUGAUCUCAAUCUUUUCUAUGUUGGCGGCUGGAGUUCUAGAGGUAAUCAGACUGCGAACAGUGGCGAGGGACAAUCUCUACGGUGCUAAAGAUAUUAUACCCUUGUCGAUUUUCUGGCAAAUUCCGCAGUAUUUCAUUGUGGGUGCCGCGGAGAUCUUUACCUUUAUUGGGCAGCUGGAAUUCUUCUAUGAUCAAGCACCCGACGCCAUGAGGAGCAUGUGUUCAGCCCUUUCUCUCACUACGGUCGCACUCGGUAACUAUUUAAGUACUCUGCUAGUUACAAUCGUCAAAGAUAUUACUACUAAGGACGGGAAGCUCGGGUGGAUCCCGGAUAAUCUUAACCGCGGCCACCUCGAUUACUUCUUCUGGCUGCUGGCGAUACUCAGCGUGGUGAAUUUCUUGGUGUACCUUCUGAUUGCUCACUGGUACCAAUAUAAGAAGACGGCAGAUUCUGUUGAUGGUUAAUUGCGGCUACUUAGUACUAAUGUGGUACAUGUAUGUGGAGACAAAAAGGGCUUAGGCAAGUAUAUACGGAGAGGUUAGAUCGCUCAUGGGAUUUCCUAUUUCGGGCUUAUAUCUAGCUUGGGCCCUUUUCUUGUGUUGCUGUAAAUGUAAGUAGCUUUUGUCUAUUAUGCUGUUGUGUAAAAAAAACCUUAUGCCUGGUUGGGGAUCUCUUAAA